AGGGAGUCCCUCCACCACUUGGCAAUGACCAUGGGAAACUGGAGCAUAGUGACUGAAUUCAUCCUGAUAAGCUGCCCAGCUCUCUUAGAGAUUCGAAUAUUCCUCUUUGUGCUUCUCUUGCUAACUUACACCUUAACAGCAGUAGGAAACAUCAUCAUCAUCUCCCUAACAUGGACUGACCCUCACCUGCAAAUUCCGAUGUACUUUUUCCUCAGUAACUUGUCCUUUCUGGAUAUGCUAUACACAACUGUUGUUACCCCAAAAUUGCUAGCCUGCCUCCUCAGAGAGAAGAAGACCAUAUCCUUUGCUGGCUGCAUCACCCAAACAUAUUUCUACUUCUUUCUGGGGACAGUGGAGUUUAUUCUGUUGGCCGUCAUGUCCUUUGACCGCUAUGUGGCCAUCUGUAACCCACUGCACUAUACCAUCAUCAUGAACAACAGGGUCUGCCUCCUGCUGGUUCUGGGCUGCUGGGUGGGGGCCUUCCUGUCAGUGCUGGUACCAGUUAUUAUAGUGACAAGGAUACCUUACUGUAGGAAAGAAAUUAAUCAUUUUUUCUGUGACAUUGCCCCUCUUCUCCACGUGGCCUGUAUAGAUACUCAUUUCAUUGAGAAGUUAACCUUUAUCCUCUCUGCCCUUGUCAUCCUGAGCUCCCUGGCAUUCACUACUGGAUCCUAUGGCUACAUCAUUUCUACCAUCCUGCGCAUCCCCUCAGCCCAAGGCCGUCAAAAAGCCUUUUCUACCUGUGCUUCUCACAUCACCGUUGUCUCCAUUGCUUAUGGGAGCAACAUCUUUAUGUAUGUGAGACCCAAUCAGAACUUCUCACUGGAUUUUGAUAAGAUAGCUGCUGUCCUCAUCACAGUAGUGACCCCUCUUCUGAACCCUUUUAUAUAUAGCUUAAGGAAUGAGAAGGUAAAGGAAGUGUUGAAAGACACAAUGAACAAAAUCAUAUCCUUGAUACUAAAAAAAAACUUAAUAUAG